CACGGAAUUUUUGUCGAUGGAAAGCGCACCAGGUUUGCUAUCUCGCGCCCUUAAUCUCGCCUCCCGUCUGCCACUCCCAUCCACACCAUCGCCCGAUCCAAGCUGGGUACAUUCGUUAACACUGCUGCCUCGCCUUCUAGUCACGGUGCUCACCCUGCUUGUCCUGCUCCUGUCUGCUGCCGUGCCACUGUCCGCCACUCUUGCCCUGGCUUGCAACACCUGGCGCGUACCGAUUAGCCAGGCGCAAGAGCAGAUGACAUGGCAAUGAAUGGAACUGCCACAAGCGCCAAUGCGCCAACAGCAGCUUCGUCGUCGUCAUCAACAGCUCAUCAUGCUGCACCCUCGUCUUCAUCGUCCUCGGCUCACUUCAACCUCCCGCCUGCAGUGGACUUCGAUGCCAUACGGCGCAGGCAGAGAGCCGCACUCCAGGGCAUAGGGCCGGGUCUGCCCCCAGGCGCCAGCAGCGGUAGGGACAGCCAGAGAGCGAGCCCCUCGGCAUCGCGGAAUCCAUCGGCAGAUCACUUCCAGGACGCACUGAGUCAGUUCAUGGAGUCCAACAGGCAAAUGAUGGCCAAUCAAGCAGGCUUUAGUAGCAUAUCCUCCAACAAUCACCUCUCUAGCCGUUCUUCUCCGCACCUCUCUACACAAUCUCAUACUCAUAUGCCUGGCUAUCCCAUGCUGCAACAAGCUACCUCGAACUCACAGCACAACAAUCUCUCAGGUCUUGACUCAGGGCGCGAGCAUCGUACGGAGCAUCACUACCCUCAGCUACACAAUCAUUUCUACCCUCAGCAGCAUGACCGUUCCAAUCACAUACAGGCGCUCCCGCAGCCUCCUGGCCAAGCUUCGGGCGCCGUUACUGAUCCGCAUCAUCAUGCUCGCCUAUUGUCGUCCGCGUCGCACUCCUUGAACACUUUCUCUUUGGAUAUGUCUCGUGCUCACACAACGGCCAUGGGUCUGACUUCUCCUGAUGCCGACCUGCUCAGCUGUCUGUCUACUGUCAAGGCCGCUGCUCAAACCCUUUGCACAGACCUUCACACGAUCUCUGCUGCUCUCAGGAGCUUACCACCUCUGCCUACCUUGUCGCAGGAUCCCAGCGCGUCCAACAACGGGCCGCACACUGCCCUUUCGACAUAUCCCUGGCAGGCAUCGAUGCCGCCAGACCUCGCUGCAAUGUAUGCACAGUUGCAAGGGCAUCAGUCUGGCAACAACAACUCUCCCGGCAUCUCAAGCUCUAAUGACGACACACCCAAUCACCACAGCAACCGAAUAGAAGCAGAUGCUUCUGCUACAAAUACUCCAAAUCAAGCAGUGGAGCCAUCUCUACUCUUAAGCUUGCUCAAUGGCGAAGGUUUACCACCUGGACCAGCAGAGCAGAUGCUCGAUUUCCUAAAUGCCGGUUCAUCCUCCUCCGCGAACCAAGCAGGAGUGCGCGCUUCAGCGGGUCCACAGCGCAUUCAUAGUGGCGCCAACGACGGCGAUGACAGUCCGCCAGACCCUUCUAGGCCUGGUUCCAGCAAAGCGCCCGUAAUCUCCUCAAAAGGCGGUCUCAUCAAGCACAAAUCUCGUCCACCCAUUGAAGGCGUCAGGAGAGAGUCAGUGCGCUACCGCAACAGAAAACUGCUCGUUGAUAUGAGAGAGCAAUUAUACAAGUGGCUAGACACCACAGAGUUCUGUCGCAUCGCAAAGAGCUAUCCAAACGGUCGAAACGGCUGGAUCACGGUGCCCAUCAAUGCCGAAAAGCCAAUGGAAGGGACGCGAAGGGUCUUUCAGCCGAAUUUUGAGAUCGGAUCCGAUUUGUACAUUGCAAACAAAGAGCUCUUGGAGGAGUUGAUCGAGCUAGGCGUGCAGAAGGUGGAGGAGAAGCCCGAAGCCUAUGGCAUGAAAGAGGGAGUGAACGCGAAAGACGUCGUAGUGGAUGUCGCCAAAGACCUGAUGGAUUCAGCGAGGCAUGGAUAUCGUGCGAACCUGAAGAAGCAGCAGGAGGACGAGGCGGACGCCAAGGCCAAGUCUACGAGGUACAAACAGCAGGAGCGUCAUCGUACGAAAGUACGCAAUCGUGAAGUUGGCGCGAAGCGACUUAAGCACCCCAUACCAGACGCACUGCUGACAAUGGGCCUGCACUCUGACGAUGCCGCUAGCGAUCAGGAGGAAAUGCAUAACAUGGACAAGGAAGAGUGGAGGAAGUUGAGAGUCAGAAAGCUGCAAAGUAAACGAGGGUGGGAGGCCCUUGCACCGAAGUGGAGGAAUCGCCACCUCACCAAAGCAUACCAUAUCGCCGAUACCCUAUCCAAGUCCAAGCAGAUGCCUCGUUGGCGCCGUGAUGGAGGCGUUGAUUUAGAACUUCCAGUCAGACUGUGGGGCAAGACUUUACCAAAGUGCAUCUUCGACCCUGCCUGGUUGCGCGAGAACGAGACAAAGAUCAAAGCCGAGCCAUACAACGUCACCGUCAACGAGGCUGGUGUGGCCGAUUGGGACGACGACGACCAUCGCCUCACAGACGAUACGGAAGAUGAAUUAGAACGAUACGAAAGAGAGCAGACCAGACUCUCUCGAGCAGCGAGGAAGAAGAGUGUUAUGGCCAACCAAGACGAUCCCUCGAGUCUCCGUCCCCAUCAUCGUUUUCCCUCAGCGUCAUCUUCACUGGGCGGCGCCAGAACACCUGAAGAUGAGACUUUCAUACCUACCCACCUGAGUCACAAGCGCAUGCGUAUCGAGCAAACUUAGUCACCACCUCGACGCUGAGAUGUGUCCACGUCAAAAAGGUUCAAAAGCAGAGUGUGGCAGCGUCUGCACCGUGCUGUCCAACUUUCCCGUUGUCGCCUAUUGCAACCUGUCAAUUUCUUCAUCUGAUGCGACGGAAUAAAUUAUACCAUGAACAAAGCACUACUAGACGACUUCUGACUUGUAGCUUUGGGCGAUAUUGCCUGAUAAUUUCAGCGCAACGAGAUAUUGAAGGUCUUUGUAUUGAGUG